AUGAACAGCAAGGAUCCUAGCGUUGUAGGGUUGAUCAACUUUAAGCGCAUGAGAGAACGUGCCAAGGUUCCAGAUGGGAAGGAUAUCUUUCCGUAUGUCCGCUCCCACUACAAGGGAGAGGAAUAUGAGAAGGCAAUGCAGGCGAUCGAGGAGGAGGAAUACAUCGCGCAACAAAACGUGGAACUGCAGAAGAGUGAAUUCGUGCAAUCAUUUCCAUAUGCAGACGAGCUUGUAAAACUGCUCAAUGCAAAGGGCAUCAAAGUGGGUCUUCUGACGCGGAAUGGCAGAAAAUCGAUGGAGCACACUGUUUCGCUGUUUACAGGGAAGAUCGAUCUCGCCUACUGCAGAGAUAUCCAGCCUUCGAAGCCGCACAUCGAUCCGUUUAUUCAAAUAAGCAAAGAAUGGGGAAUUCCGUGUGAAAAUCUCCUUCUCGCGGGAGAUCAUCUUGACGAUUUCAUUGCGUCGAUCACACUGCACUCGCGCUCGUGUUAUGUACGUUCGCAGGGAACGAAGCUGUCACACACACAGCAGACUGUACAAGAUGGACUUUCUCUCAAGAACUGUCAACAAACACCGAAGUACAUAGAAGAGUACAAGAAGACGCACCAGUUCUAUAUUCCGGACUUGGUGGUGGAAUCGAUCUCGGAAUUGUAUCAAGCAUGGAAGGAACUUUAG